UUGUUUACAUCAUUGAUUGUUCUUGUAAUGUGUUUAUGCAGUGACAUAUCAUAUACUGUUAUUUUUGUGCGGGCUUCCAUGUUUUAUAAUCUUGCUGGUUUAUAAAUGGCGAAGAAGACAUUUAUCCAUGUAUGACAACAUUGAAAAGUUCUUGCAAAGUCAUGAUAAUGAUCUUAUGCCAGUAAGAUACUCUUACUCGGAUAUUAAAAAGAUAACCAAUGGUUUUAAAGAUAAGUUGGGUGAAGGAGGUUUUGGCUUAGUGUACAAGGGAAAGCUUCGUAGUGGCGGUUUUGCAGCGGUAAAAAUUUUGAGCAAGUCAAAAGCCAAUGGACAAGAUUUUAUCAACGAAGUUGCCACCAUUGGAAGAAUUUACCAUGUCAAUGUCGUGCGACUCAUAGGCUUCACUGUCGAGGGUUCGAAGCGUGCUCUUAUAUACGAGUUCAUGCCCAAUGGGUCUCUUGAUAAGUACAUUGUUUCUCGACAAGGAAGCAUCUCAUUGAGCAAUGAGAAAAUGUACGAGAUUUCUCUUGGGGUGGCUCGUGGAAUUGAAUAUCUACAUCAAGGUUGUGAUAUGCAAAUUUUGCAUUUUGAUAUCAAGCCUCACAAUAUUCUUCUUGACGAAAAAUUUAUUCCAAAACUUUCAGAUUUUAGACUAGCAAAAUUAUACCCGACAGAUAAUAGUAUUGUGCCCCUUACUGCGGCUAGAGGAACGAUAGGAUAUAUGGCUCCUGAAUUAUUUUACAAAAACAUUGGAAGCGUUUCUCACAAAUCUGAUGUUUAUAGUUUUGGGAUGCUAUUAAUGGAAAUGAUUGGAAGAAGGAAGAACUUGAAUGCAUUGGCAGAUCAUUCAAGUCAAAUUUACUUCCCUUCUUGGAUAUAUGACCAAGUUAGUGAAGGAAAGGAUGUUGAACUAGGAGAUCAUGCCACGGAGCAGGGAAAAGAAACAACAAAGAAGAUGAUUAUAGUGGCAUUAUGGUGCAUACAAUUGAGGCCAAAUGAUCGUCCGUCAAUGCAUGAUGUUGUGAAGAUGCUUGAAUCAGAUGCUGAAUCUCUACAAAUGCCUCCUAAGCCUUUUUUAACUCCACAUCAUAUGCCAAAAGAUGAUGAUACGGCCAAUCCAAUAAAGUUAUCUGAUCCACCCAGUGAUUGUAUCGACUCCUUGUGA